UCAGCUUGGCUGUCUCAAUCAAAACAAAUAUUGCUUUUUUAUAUUAUUUUAUUCAUUAUUUAUGAGAUUUUACACAUAUUAUUCUCAUUAAAUUAAAACACUAUGGCACCUACUAAAAAAUGUACAGUUCGUGGAAAACGAUCUAACCAACAUACUCAACGAGAUUAUGCAGAAAGGUUAAACGAUUUAAGUAUACAGUCCUCGGAAGACAGUGAUGAUAGCUCAGAUAGUUCAGAUACUGAAGGCGUAGAAGCAACAUUUGCAGUAAGCAUGUGGGAUUUAAACCAUUGUGAUCCAAAGAAAUGCUCAGGACGAAAACUCUCGCGGCAUAAACUUAUUAAAAACUUAAAACUUGGUCAAAAAUUUCAAGGGCUUGUGUUAUCACCAGUUGGAACUCAGUGUGUUAGUCCAAAUGAUAAAGAUAUUAUAGAGAAGUUUGGAUUGGCUGUCAUAGAUUGUUCGUGGGCUAAAAUCGAUGAGACACCAUUUCAACGAAUGAAAUCCCCCCAUCCAAGGCUGUUACCAUUUUUAGUGGCAGCCAAUCCCAUCAACUAUGGCAAGCCAUACCAACUCAGUUGUGUCGAGGCUUUAGCUGCAGCCAUGUUUAUUACAGGUCAUAAAAAAGAAGCAAAUUUCUAUUUAUCUAAGUUCUCAUGGGGACAUUCCUUUUUAGAACUGAAUUCUGAAGCAUUAGACAUGUAUUCAAAUUGUACAGAUAGCAAAAGUGUAAUUGAAGCACAAAACAAAUAUUUAGAAUCUGCUGCAAAUGAAAAAGAUACUAGAAAAAUGUGGCCAUCAAGUGAUUCGGACAAUAAAAGCGAUAAUAGUGAAUAAAUGUAAAAUUAUUUGU